AUGUCAUCUAUCCAGGCAUACAAUCCAGAAGAGAAGCCCAACAAAUUCGACUUCCAGCUGUUUUUAAAACAUUUGAGAAGCAGGAAAGCUGAUCCGGUGCUUCGCUAUAUCAGAUCAUUUCUAAAGAAUUUCAAUCAAAAACAAUGGACAACAGAUGAACAAACCAAAUUGGUGAUGGAUUUCAAAGAGUUCAUAGCAGCUAGAAUGCAAGAAUAUGAGCCUUUCUCUUUCAUGGACAAGCAUGAUUUCGAAAACUCGAUGUUUGGUGUGGAGAAGUUGGUUAUGACAAAACUUUAUGAACAAACGUAUUCUCCAGAAAUACCGUCCAAUAUUAUAGAUGAAACACACAAGAAAGAUUUAGAAUAUGAUGAAAUAUUAGAACUUAAUUAUAAAGAAUACAAGGAUUUGACUGCAAAAGAACUUGAUGUUGAUGAAUCUAUAGCGGCCAAAGGUGAUUAUUUCAUAAAAAUUGCAGGUGAUGAGCUUAACAAGUUGAAUAAUUUCAAAUCCCCAAGGGCGAAAGUGAUAUGUAUAUUGAACUGUUGCAAGAUUUUAUUUGAGCUGAUUAAGAAGAAUGAUCAGACUCAAAAUGCAGAUGAGUUCCUACCCUUGUUGAUAUACACUGUUCUCAAGACACAGACUUCUAAUCUUUACUCCAAUCUAGCAUUCAUAGAGAGAUUCUCUUUCAACAAGAGCAGUGAGGUCCAGUACUAUCUUGUGAGUCUCAACGCAGCAUCUGAGUUCAUCAAGAACUUGUCACGAGAAGCUGAUGAUAAUGAUAACGUGUAA